ACUAUAUUACCACCACAGCUAUGGCUCGGAUCCAGGCGUGAUAUUCCUUGGAAUGAUGGCUGCCGCGAUUAUGGCAGCCUCCGUGGCGCCGUGCGCGCCCCGGGACGCGAUCGAUUGGAGCCGCUGCGGGAGGAGCUUCGCCCCCGGAAUCUCCAGAUUCUCGUGGGCUAGAACACGGGGGAUCGCCGGCGGGAGGAGAAGGUCCACUUCUAUGGGAGCAAUCGUUGCCUCUGCAGCCAAAGUUCUCACGCAAGAUGAGCUCAAGGCCAUGGCUGCUGAUAAGGCGAUCGAGUACGUGGAGAGUGGAAUGGUUUUGGGACUUGGCACGGGCUCCACGGCUGCGUUUGUAGUUGCAAAGCUGGGAGAACUCAUGAAGUCUGGAAAGCUCAAGAACAUUGUUGGAGUUCCCACGUCAAAGAGAACUGCUGAGCAAGCGGCUUCACUCGGAAUACCGCUCUCGGUUCUCGAUGAUCAUCCAAAGAUAGACCUCGCGAUUGAUGGUGCGGACGAGGUCGACCCCGAUCUUAAUCUUGUCAAGGGACGGGGAGGAGCUCUUCUUCGUGAGAAAAUGGUGGAAGCAGCUUCGUCAAAGUUCGUCGUUGUUGUGGACGAGACAAAGCUGGUUGAUGGUCUUGGUGGAAGUGGCUUGGCUAUGCCCGUCGAAGUCGUCCAGUUUUGCUGGAAAUACAACGCGGAGCGAUUGAAAACCCUCCCGGAAGUCGCCGGCUGCGAGGCCAAGCUUCGGUUGGACGGAGACAAGCCUUACGUGACUGACAACUCUAACUACAUUGUGGACCUCUACUUCAAGACACCAAUCAAGGACGCAAGAGCAGCAGCCAAAGCAAUCUCUUCCCUGGAAGGCGUCGUUGAUCACGGCCUCUUCCUGGACAUGGCGACUGCCGUGAUCAUCGCCGGGACGAGUGGAGUUUCAGUCAAGACAAAGUGAGCGCUAUCUUCUUUGACUGAUCGAAACAAAACAAUUCGGCUGUCAGUUUCAAUGCUUGCUAACUUCUCGGGAAGCUUUUUUCUAAAUGGAUUGAAUUGGUAUAUCUUUCUUUA